AUGCAAGUGAUCCGUACUCUGAGAGCCAAGUUCAACCAAGUCAAGCUUCCCAAGACGUUCCUCGCCAUCAACCUGUCGGAUCUCUUCUCCUUCGAGGACACUGAACGACGGGACAGUGACAGCGAGGGUCUAGAGAUGAAGGCAUUGCAUCCCAAGCCGAAGGCGACAGCCGUUACACAGCACGAGACUGAGACCGAGUCCGAGGUACUCAUCGAAGCCGGCCAGGCCCUUGCAUCGGCCUCAUCCGUUGUCAUGGAGCUCGAGGAGCCGGUAAGCCCAAAGACCAAGUCAAGCGCUUCCGACACUGAGGCCACCCCUCAGGUGGCAGAGUCUAGCGAGCAAUAA